UAGCAAGAGACGGAGAAGUAACCCUGCAAACUACCACCACUGCCAUGAAGACAUCGAACGUUCUUGUUCUCAUCUUAGUCCUGCUCUACAUCAAUGCCAGCACAGAAUGGCCUACGCACACAGUCUGCAAAGAGGAAAACUUGGAAAUACAUUACAAAAGCUGUGAUCCCCAGCAAGAUUUUGCUUUCAGCAUUGACCGUUGUUCUGAUGUCACAUCCCACACCUUUAACAUCAGAGCUGCAAUGGUCCUAAGACACAGCAUCAAGGAACUGUAUGUCAAGUUUGACCUGAUCAUAAAUGGGAAGACCGUCUUAACCUACUCAGAGACGCUUUGUGAGCCGGGUCAUUCUAAGCUUAUUUUCUGUGGAAAGAAGAAAGGAGAACACCUCUACUAUGAGGGACCAGUCACACUGGGAAUCAAAGAAAUCCCACAGGGAGAUUACACUAUUUCAGCAAAGCUGACUAAUGAAGAUCACGCCACUGUUGCUUGUGCUGAUUUUACCGUGAAAAAUUAUUUAGAUUAUUAUUAGCAACAAACCAAUUUCAGGAAGGCUACAGUCUACCAAAGCUAUUCAAGCCAAGGGAGCUGCUUGCAUGCUACAAUGAUUCUGAAGGAAAUAAUCCCCACAUGGUCAUUCUGAUGCUAUUCUUUACAAUUCACAAUUUUCAAGAAGUGACUAGACCCUCUAGUGGUAAUUUUAUCUCUAAAUAUACACUGUAGCCCACUUUUUGCUUCUAAUAUAUACAGCCGCAAGUAGAAAGUACCAGAUAGCAACAUUCUCAUUUUAGGAUGAAAAUAGCAUGAGGCAGAAGAGGCGAGAGCC